GGGGUUCUCGGCUGGCUUUUUGGGGUAGAGAGAGAGCAAGAGAGAAGGAGAGGACUAGCCAAAGGGAGAGAGGGAGCUCGUAGGAAAGCUUCGCCGUCGUCAGUCAUCCGCCCGAGAGCCGCCGUUCGCCGCAGCCCUUUCCCAUUAAGCCAGUACCGCCACCAGCAACCUCAGUUACGUUUGCACCCGUUCGUCUUCACCAGAUCUCGUGCUAGCCCAACAAAGCUUUGCCAAUUGCCCUUCCUGUGCCUUGAACAAUCCUUCACCAAGUCGCCACAUCAGUCCUCCCGCCGGUGGCUUCCCGUUGCUGUAAACAAGCCUUGCCGGUGACCACCGCACUCAACGGCUGCCCUUUUUGCUAGGAUCCAUAGCUUCACCACCAGUCCAUUCGAGUCGAUAAUACAAAUUAGGUCUCCCCCGCAUCACGAAAAAGUACGGACAAGCAUGGCCAAUGUUAUUGUUCCUGCGACUCAGGUCAACACAAACGGCAAAGCGAUCCCGCUUCUUGGCUUUGGAACAGCCGAGUUCCCGUUUGGCUCCAAUGACAACGUAAAGGAACACAUUCUCCAUGCGAUCCAAUUGGGCUACCGGCGCUUUGACUCGGCCUCAAUUUACCUGUCUGAGCAGCCCCUUGGAGAAGCCGUGGCUGAUGCCCUCAAGCUCGGCCUCAUAAACUCACGUGAGGAGCUGUUCAUCGCCACGAAGCUCUGGUGUGGUGACGCGCAUGGUGACCGCGUUGUCCCUGCGCUUCAGAGAUCCCUCAAGAAUCUUGGGCUCCAAUUCGUGGACCUGUAUCUUGUGCAUCUUCCGGUGAGCUUGAAGGCAGGGGAGUGUGAAUUUCCGGUGAAGAAGGAGGAUCUGCUUCCGUUUGAUUACGAAAGUGUGUGGAAGGCCAUGGAAGAGUGUCAGAAGCUGGGCUUGACCAAAAGCAUAGGAGUGACCAAUUUCUCAUGCAAAAAGCUGGAGAAGUUGCUGAGCAUUGCUGAGAUUCCUCCUGCUGUCAACCAAGUGGAGAUGAACCCUUUGUGGCAACAACAAAAGCUAAGGAAAUUCUGCAAGGAAAAGGGAGUACACAUUACCGCCUUCUCUCCGUUAGGCGCCAAAGGAACUUUUUGGGGGACCAAUAGAGUGAUGGAAUGCGAGGUGCUACAAGAGAUUGCCAAAGGCAAAGGGAAGACGCAUGCCCAGGUUUGUUUAAGGUGGGUGUAUGAACAAGGAGUCAGCGUGCUGGUGAAAAGCUUCAACAAAGAGAGGAUGAAAGAGAACCUUGACAUAUUCGACUGGAGCUUGAGCCUUGAAGAAUUGAACAAAAUUAGUCAAAUUCCACAAAAGAAAGGAUUUGUCGGACUUGAAAUAGUAUCCCCAAAUGGUCCUUACAAGUCUCCUGAAGAGCUUUGGGAUGAGGAGAUUUAAUCAAGAAUCAUUAUAUUCAUUCAAUAAGUUCAUUCAACUCGAGAAGUAUUGAAUGACUUGUUCAGAGAUUGUUGGACCUUAAUGCCAAAUGAAUGUCAGUCCCUUCUAUUUUAGAA